UCUUUCGGUUAUAGUAGACGAGCUUAUUCCAAGUUGUUAAUCAACGCAACAUGGUGCAAUUUCGCUGUUUGCUUCAAGGCUAUCAGUCAUUGUCAUCGUAAAUAUUAACUACAAUCAACCACGUUCAAUAAAUUAUCUACAAACAUGGCAAAUUCCGUUUCUGAAGGGAAUCGUGUAUUGAUAAUUUGGGGGCCUGACACGGGGUUCGAAGAAGUGCAAAAAUUACUAUCAAAAGUUAGAGAUCAGGUUGGGAAGUCUGGCAGCGCUUCUCUGGAAAAUUCAAACCGAAUUUUUGAUUCAAGUUACGAGAGUUCAUCUAGGGAUGAAAUCUUAUCAGGCUUUGCACGUCCAUUCGUGCAUAACGAUCAGUUGCUGGCUGAAUUACUUCGUAUACUAAGCCCAGGAGGUAGACUCGUCAUCCGUGAGCCAGCCGUUGAAGAACCUGGUCAUGAGGAUCUGAAAACAUGCUCAGAGAUCGUUUCCAAGUUAAAAAUGAAUGGAUUUCUUUUGGAAGAAUCUACUGGAUGUGAAUGUUUAUCCAUUACUGCGGAGGCUAAAGAAAUUCUUAUUCAACAAUAUAAAGUAGACGACAUCAAAGUGUGCCAAGUUUCAGCAAAAAAACCACAAUACGAGGUAGGAUCGUCUGUGUCUCUAUCGCUGAAAAAACCAGCUGCAAAUGUAUGGAAACUCGAUGAUGCCAUGGAUGAAGAUUUGAUUGACGAGAAUGAUUUAUUGGAAGAAAGUGAUAUUUUGAAACCUCAGGCCGCUUCUCUAAAAGUCUGCGCCACAUCUGGUAAGCGUAAGGCAUGCAAAGACUGCAGUUGUGGAUUAGCUGAGGAACUAGCCGAAGAAACCACCGUACCUAAAGUAGGAAAAUCAUCUUGCGGAAGUUGUUACCUCGGCGAUGCAUUCCGCUGUGCUAGUUGCCCAUAUCUCGGAAUGCCAGCUUUUAAACCAGGGGAAAAAAUUUUGCUGCCUGACAAUUGAAAAGGAAAACAGAUGACAAAUACCCAUAAGAAUACAAUUGAAAUUUGCUGUUUGACUUCACAAUAAUAUCAAGACAUCAAGACAUUCAAAAUAACAAAUAAGUUUUCGCAAAGAUAUAAAUACGAACAUUGACUGUAAAAUAAACUUUCGUUCCAAACUGAAGUAGGUAGUGAAUUGAAGUUAAUAAUUUGUGGGAAACCGUGGAGAAUAAAUGAAUUGGUAAAGAGUAAA